AACAAUAUGGAUGACAUAUUUACAUGCCACUGACGAUUUUUGACCGAGACAAGAGUUAUUGUUUUUUACAGAAGAUGAACAGAAAUAUGGGGCUUAAAAGCAGAUUCUCGCAACUAUCUACUGAGGAAAGAAAUGUCACUGAUAUGCAGACAUGGAAAGACGCGUCUCUCUCAAGUCUUCCGAUGGAAAUACUGGAACAUAUUUUUUGCUUUCUACAAAGAGAUGAUCUUCUACAGGCCAUGUCUGUGUGCACAAGAUGGAAGUCUCUAAUCUCUAGCAGUCCAAAUCUUUGGACUAGACAAACAUUCAUUUUGGAUUGCGAUCUCCGAUACACUAAAAAGACAAAAGUCGACGUGUUUUAUUGUGUACAAAAUUUCGGGCCACAUUUUCGAACGCUGUCAGUUAAGUGCCAACAUCCUGAAUCGCAUCUGUGCAUCACAAUGGCCGACAAGUUCAACAUGUUUCUGUCCGGUUUAAGAGCACAUGUACUGACCUCGUUUAAAGUCUUUGAUCUUCAAGUGGACAACACCAGUAGGAUAGUCAUAAAAAAAAUUAAUAAGACAUUGAAGGAAAUAAUCGCCAUGGACCGUCAUCUGAAGGUCUUUGAGAUGCCUGCCGCUCACUGGCCGAAAAGACAAGGUCGCGAACUGUUAAACACCGUGCUUCAAAAAUCAAGAAACACUUUGGAAAUACUAAAUAUUAAGGAUUUCUUCAUUGGUAAAAACGGGUCAGUUGUUGAAGGCUCGGAUUGGUUUUCAACAGGGCUGGCGUCAUUGACAAACUUAACAAAACUUUCAAUCACUAUAUACUAUCUCACCGAUGAAUUGGUUUUGUCUCUUGCUCGAGCCAGAAGAGGUCAACUGACGCACCUCUCUCUGUUGACGAACUUUAUAUUUACAAACACUGUACAACGAGAUAGCUGGGACUACCUGUGGAAUGCAUGCCCCAAUGUUGCAAUCAAAUUAACGAUAAGCGGUUUAAUUUUCGAGACACAAGAGGCUCUUCCCUAUUUCUUUGAGCCGCUAGAACUUCCAAUCAGGACAAUAAAGAUGAUAGUCAAUAGGGAUUUUCAGUCUCCUCUAUCGUCUGUAACUGGGAUGACAGUCGUGUUGGAUUACGUCAGAAAUCAUUACAGGCCGUCACUCAAGACUUUUACACUGGACGUGAACAACGAGAAAGAAGAAACCUUUGACCAGGCUUUGAUCAAUUUGGUCAGAGAAUGUCCACUUCUGGUCAACGUUAAGGUUUUGGCUUCCUUCCACUCGGGUGAUACAGCAAAGACCAUUCACAAUGUAGUCGCAGAGAGACUUCCAACACCACUCACUAGCACUGGUCCAGAGAACAAAAAUGUUCAAAUUGAAGACAAUGCUUCUCGACCUAAGCACCCAUUGGAAGAGUACUGGUAGUAGAAUCAAGACGUGAUUUCGUUUUAUCAAAGUCUGUAAAUGUAACAGCGAACUUUGAGAAUAGCCUAAAUGUAAAUCUAUAAAUAUAAAUAACGAUAUAACAAAAUUUAUUUAAAGCAUUCUUAGGUCAAUAAAUUAAUUAUAUACAUAAGAGCUGCCAUGAGCCUAUAGAAAGUUAAAUAUCAGACUAAAUUUUCCGAGCUAGAAAUUCUAUUAGGUGGAGUGUCACCAGAGAAUGCCGACCGUGUCCUCCAAAACUGCUCUCUUUACCAAGAGGCCCGUACAAGACACUGGCCCCAAAACACCCCAAUAGAAUUAAAACUAUAUGGAUAGCUCUCUGAUUUGGAAACCACUGCGAUUUUAUCUCAUGUAUUGGUCUAGACAUCUGAACACUCCAACAUAAAAAUGAGAAUGAAGAAGAAGAAGAAAAAAAAAGGAUCACUGAUUGAUUUAGACUUAAUAAGUUCUUAACUAUUUUAAAUAUUGGGUCCUUUAUAAGUCCAGGGGGGUUAAAGUGAUAUACAGUAGGCCCACAAACAAAAAAACUAAAAAUGUCUAGGUGUAAUAAUAAACUAAAAGUUAUGGAAUCCCAAUAUUGAUGAAAUUAUUUUAAAAAAUCAAGCAAAUUAUUAGAGUUUAUUAAAAUAAUUUUUACAAAUAAAAAAAUACAAUUAAAAUGUCAUUAAACUUUAGUUAGGCCAUUAUUACAAUAUGCAUUCUCUGUUUGGGACCCCUCAAUUCAAGAAAACAUAAAGAAACUAGAACAAAUACACAACAGAGCAGUGAGAUUGAUAACAAACAAAUAUUCCAGUUUGAGUAACGCCAUUAGUAAAAUCACUAAACUUAGAGACACUUCAGGACAGAAGAAUAAAAAGUAGCUAUAAUACAUAAAACACUAAACCAUAACUUCCAAACAGAAAAACAAAACCUAAUGAAAUACUCAGAAAGACACAAAAGAUUGGGGAACAUCUCUUAUUCCAUACGAUAGAAUAAAUGCUCCUUCUUCCUUAGUGCGAAUAGAGAAUGGAAUGGGUUGCCUGAAUUAGCCAGGAUAACCAACGACUUAGCACAGUUUAAGUCAUUGAUUAACAUGCUUGACUGGAUUGACACAUGAAAUGCUUAUAACGUAGUUAUAUUCUUAGCGUCUGUAAUAUGUAAGAUAAGAUAACAUAAAAAAAUAAGACAAUAAUGAAGCUCAUUUUUAAAACAUUGAAAUUAUUAUCCACAAAAAACUCACUCACAAUAUUUGGGGGGGGGGGCAUGAUGAGCUACAGUUUUGCUAGCUUAUACGUUAGACCCGCACUGAGUGGAAUAUGUAGUCGACACUAGAGCAAAUCAGUGCCAUGCUUUAAUCUUCUUUAUCUUUGAAAGUAGCUAUUAACUUUAUGCAUGCAGGCAUUGUCCACAGAGAGAAAAUGAUAUCGUAAUAGUUGACUCUUGAAGGUUGAAAGCCCAAGGAUAGGCUCAUUAAGGCAAGAUUAAUAGUAAAGCAGUUUUCUCAAACUUUUAACGGUAACCGCCCUCUAAACGAGAACAUUUUUUUCUCACCCCUUCCCCCAGUCAGUUGUUGUUUUUUGUAGAAAAUAUUGUUUUGUAGAUAAUUUAAAUUGUAAAUGAUUUGUAUAAUAGAAAACUAUUCUUAAUGGAACUAGAAUUGGAUCCUCUAGCGUCCAGCAAUGUGGUUCAGGGAGCGCUGUAAGCUCUUUCAUCAAGGUCUCGGGCCGAAUGUUUUUUCUGCGUUCUUCUGAAAUUACUUUUUUGUUUCCUCAUAGCAAGAAGAACGCAAGUGAAAAAGUGAUGGAAAUUUAAAGGGAUAGGACAGGCUUGUAUUUUAAAUGUGGAAUACUUUCAGGAUUCUAAAGAAACAUAUACAAGUAAACAAACUUCCUAGGUCAGAGUCCCAAUGGCUUUACAUGUUUUUCUUCCCAUUUCCCAUUCUCGGAUAAAGUUUAAAUUUUGCACAAUUAUCAUAUUCAAAGACAACACCUGAAGCAAUAAAAAUAUUUUAAAAAAAUUAAUUAAUCAAUUAUUGGUAAUAAAUUGUUUUUUAUAUAAAAAGGUGAUAAACCUUGUAGAAUUGAGAGGUGGCAGUGAGUGUGUGGUGCUUUUCCUAUUAUAAGCGUUGUCUUUUUUUUAUUUGCUUGUUUUAGCUGGAGAUACUAUAAGUUAUAAAAUAAAUCAUAUUCGAGUGUUGCUUCCAUUUA